UAAAGAGAGAUUUGAAAGGGGAACAAAAAGAGAUUUGGAAGGUGAACAAAAAGCAUGAGCGAGAGAUUGACGAGAGAUUACCACGUCGGAGAAGAGAUCGGCCGCGGCCGAUUCGGCUCCGUGUAUCGCUGCUACUCGCGUGACACCGGCGAGGUCUUUGCGGUCAAAUCCGUCGACAAGACCUACCUCAACGACGCCGUGGACCGCGAUUGCGCCGAAAGAGAGGCCAAGGUCACGCAAAUCGCCGCCGCCGGAAACCCUAACGUCGUUCAGAUCCACGCUGCCUACGAAGACGAGUCCUCGAUCCACCUUGUGAUGGAUCUUUGCGACGGCGGUGACCUCUUUGAUCGCAUCGCCGCCGGAGAAGGUGCGCCGAUGGGGGAGGAGGAUGCUGCGGCGGUGAUAGCCGCGAUGAUGGAGGCGUUGUGGAUUUGCCAUCGGAGGGGAGUCGUGCACCGGGAUGUGAAGCCGGACAAUGUGCUAUUUGAUGGUGAGGGGCGGCUGAGACUGGCGGAUUUCGGAUCCGCAGAGUGCUUUGGGGAGGGAACGGCGAUGAGUGGGGUUGUGGGUACGCCGUACUACGUGGCGCCGGAGGUUGUGGCGGGGAGGGAUUAUGGAGAGAAGGUUGAUGUGUGGAGUGCAGGGGUUGUGAUGUAUAUAAUGUUGGGAGGGAUCCCGCCGUUUUAUGGGGAGACGGUGGAGGAGAUUUUUGAGGCUGUUUUGAGGGGGAAUCUCCGGUUUCCGACUAGAAUUUUUGGGGGGAUUUCGCCGGCGGCCAAGGAUCUCAUGCGACGGAUGAUUUGCAAGGAUGUAUCCCGUCGAUUUUCUGCAGAGCAAGUUCUCAGGCAUCCAUGGAUUACAAGCGGCGGGACUGCCACAUGCGUGGCGAACCUGACAUGAAACCCCAUGAAAGAAUUUGCUGAAGAAGAAAGAUGAAUCUGUAAAUUUGAUUUUGAUUGCGGAACUUCUAUAAAUAUCCGCUUCUUCUUUUUUUUCGGGUUCAAAGAGUUAAAUAGGCUUUUUUUUUUUUUGUAACUGCUGUAUGCUAAAAAUACCCGUAUCCGUUUUUUUUUUUUUGGCCUGUAAAAAACUCUUUGAUGAGUAUGGUUGUUCUGUAAAGAGAAGUAAAGUAAACAAAGGAGUUGCUUUGUGUA